CCCUAUUAAUGAACUGAAUUCAACCAAACCGAACACAACCCGACGAUGGCAACAGCAGGCGACAGGUACGAAGAACGAACGGGGAAUAUUUGGUCGUAUGCCCACCGGGGCGACAUGACGGGUCUCAAGGCCGCGGUUGUCAGGGGCGUCGACAUUGAUAUUGUCAAUACGGUGGGCUGGACCCCUUGCCAUGCCGCGGCUGCGGGGGGGCAGACCAAGGCACUCCGGUACAUGGUGACAAAAAUGGGUGCGGACCUCACGAUCCCCGACAGGGGAGGGAACCUUCCCGUCCACCACGCCGCCAAAAACGGACACGUGCACGCACUCCGAACACUGCGGGAGUUGGGAGCCGAUGUCACAAAGGUGAGGCUGUCCCAAGCAAAGGGGAAGGCCGUCCGGGACCUUGUGGUGGAAUCGUACAAAAAGGCCGGGAAGAACCACCUGGAAGACGGCAGCGACGGCGAGGACGAGGACGUAUCCGAGCCGGUUGGAUACGCCCGCAAGCAGUCGAGGUCGACGGCCUUUUGGGGACCGAGGAGGACACCGAUCAGCUGUGCCAUCAAAAAGAAAAUCAUCAAAGACAAACGGAAAAUAAAAAAGCAGAAACAAAAAGACAUACGCGAAUCGGAUCUUCAGGCGGCAGCCUUCGAUCCGGAGGGGGAAACGACGAACCACGAGGAAGGAACCGCGGAACCGAGCUACGCCGAAACCGUGCAACAAGUGAAACGCAGCCGAAAACAAAAAAGGCGCCAGCGGCAGAACCAACGGGACAACACGAAAGGAGCAGAGAACGACCAGGACAGUGAAAACAUGCAGUCGGAGAUUGGCAAUCGAUACCGAGUCGAUGAGAUUCGUGACGGUGUAAAUCUGGUGGAGGGAGGGAUCUCACGCGAAAGCAGUAGCAGUGAAGAAGAGGACGAAUACGACAACKACAACGACAACCAUCACGCAUUCUCUUCCAAGGGGCUUUUCGCAGCGCUUGCGUCGGCAGCAGACGACAGUGAUAGCGAUUGAAGGAUACAAUAAAUAGAACUACACUAU